GCCUGGCAUGGCAACAGCAACAACAGCGAAAAAGGCUCUUUUCUUUGCUUUCUCCUUGAAAUGGUGACUUAUACCUCUGCUGUGCCAGUCUAUCUAGUGCCGAUUCCGAGGAAGGGAUAGCGAGGAGAGGAGGCACCGAGGGUGUUCUGUCUCGUGUACCCGCUCUCGCCUUUCCUCUCUUCCACGAGUUCUUAGCCCCCGGAAAAAGGUACGAGCUCAUCUCCAUUGUCGGUGGUAGUGCUGCUCUCUCUCGCGAAUGGGAACCUCUGUGCGGCAUUGGAAGCAGCGGCUGGUUUUAGUGUGCUUAGCGCUUGGAUCGGUUUGCGGUCAGCUGGCAUUUGAUUUCUACGCCAACAGUUGUCCCAGGGUCGAAGCAGUAGUCGCAAACGCAAUCAGGAGUGCCACAUUCUUUGAUUCUACGCUGCCACCAAAACUUCUCCGGCUUAUGUUCCACGAUUGCUUCAUUGAGGGAUGUGAUGGUUCCAUUUUGGUCGAUUCAACCGCGAAUCAUACGGCUGAAAAGGAGGACGAAUCCAACAAAACUGUUGAUGGUUAUGCUGCCAUCGAUUCUGCAAAAUCCGCGCUGGAGUUCUUCUGCCCUGGAGUUGUUUCGUGCGCUGAUAUUGUGGCCUUGGCUGCUCGGGAGGCGGUAAUCAUGAUGGGUGGACCACAGGUACAAAUACCUAUGGGCCGAAGAGACGGGUUGAUUUCUAAGGUUUCCAAUGUGCGUGGAAACAUACCGGACACUACACUUACCUUGGACCAGCUCACCAAAGUCUUCAACUCGAAAGGAUUGUCUCAAAAGGACCUCAUCGUUCUCUCAGGAGCGCACACCGUCGGCCUGGCACACUGUUUUGCAUUCAACGAGCGCUUCCACUUCAGCAGCAAUGGCAGCGUCAAAGUGGACUCGACACUCGACCCCGGAUUCGCAAGGCAGCUGCUCCAGGCGUGUCCUGAGAGGCCGAAUCCCAGAGUCGCGGUAGCGAUCGAUCCCACCACCCCAAACGCCUUCGACAACGCGUACUACAGGAAUCUCCAGAACGGGAAAGGACUGUUUGGAUCCGACCAAGUUCUCUUCACGGACCGGAGAAGCAGGCAGGCGGUGAACUCGUUGUCGGGCGACAGCCGAGAGUUUUUCGGGUCGUGGGCGGACUCGUUUCUCAAGCUCAGCGUUGUACAUACCAAGACUGGAAACCAGGGAGAGGUUAGGAGAAGGUGUAGAGCUUUCAAUUAAAUAUACAGCUACGUAAACCUUCUAUCUA